CAUGCUCCCUCAUGAUCAGAAUUCAACUCAGUACACACAGAGGCUUCACUGCUACCACUUGAUUUGACAUGACAAGUAGCAUAUGGUGGUUAAUGUUAGCAAACUAGUAAUUGUUGUACCUAUCAUUACUGAGCCAUUUUCCUGCUUGUAUAACUCUUCUCUGUUAUGCUACAUUUUAGCAUUUAGGGAGCGACCAUGACCAUGCUGCCACUAAAAUUAACUAUAUUUCAGUUUCUGGCUGUGAUAAGUGAUGUGAUUUUGGCAGGUUUUUAAAGAGACAUGCCCUUGAAACUCACUUGCAGGUUUGAGGGUAUUUAAAAUAGGCUUAAUACAAAAAGCAACAAUUUAAAGUUGAAGUGCCUCCCCUAAAUCAAACAUAACAUAACACAUAAGAUAAUUCACACCCCAGUGUUUUAAAAAAAAUGUUUGAAGUGCCUCCCCCUAUCUAAACUGAGGAAUGUUAUAAUAUUCCCUUCAAUAUAGCCCAUAUAUUAUUAUUUUAGGUAUUAAUAUUAUUAUCAAUAAUAAUAACUUUAUUUAUAUAUCACCUUUAAAAACUUAGUUCACAUAGGGAUUUGAAUAAGGAAGCAAAGCAGAAAUGGGAUACAUAGAUGGCAAUACAACAAUGGAAAAUAAAACAGAAACUAGAGUAGAGUUAGGAUGAAAUUAAAACGAGAGGACAAAUUAUGCAAGAUGCAGGACGCAUAAUGUCAGUAUGAAACAAUACAAAGAAAUAGCCCCAACACAACAGCAACGUUCAAAGCAAUCAAUCCACAAAGAAAAUGAAACGAAAUAGAAAACACAUAAAUUAAAGCCAUCAAAGAAAUAAAAACGAAGCAACAAAGAUAUACAACGCAAUAAAAAGAAAUAAAUAUACUUGAAAAAUAGCAAAGCAAGUUAAACAUGUUUGCCAGCAGGUAAGGGGCGGUGGCACAGAAAAAAAAUCUCUCGACAAAUCAAAAUCGCUGUAUUGCACCACGUGAUCAAACACGGAAGUAGAAUCUACCGCUUCCACAACUUGUGAUUCAGAGAGAGGUCCUCGCUUGAUGUUGCAUUUUGAAGCACGCCACAAACGCUAGAAGGUCUCGACUCAUUUUUUCUGACUAUUUAGUCGACUAAAUGCAUCAGUGAUCAUGACUCAGGCUGAGAAAGAGCAAGACAACGGGAAGGAGAAAGAAAAGGAGCGAGACAAGGAGAAAGAGAAGGAGCAGCAACGCGGCGUGAAGAGACCCAUCGCUCCUCCGGCUAUCCCAGACCCCCUGCAGGAGCAAAUACAGAGCAAUUUUAUCGUGGUCAUCCACCCUGGUUCAAGGACGCUCCGCAUCGGCAGAGCCACGGACACUCUUCCGGUGACACUCCCACACGUGAUAGCACGCAGACACAAGAAAAGUGGACAGCCCAGAUAUGAAGAUGCCUGGCUGUUGAGAGACGGUCUAAAUAAACCAGAGAGUAAUGAGCAGAGGCAGAAUGGGCUUAAAAUGGUCGACCAGGCCAUCUGGUCCAAGAAGAUGUCGAAUGGAGUGCGGAGGACGCCUGUGUCCGCGGAGCAGGCCAGAGCUUAUAACUGUCAGAUCCGUCCGGCUGUACUUGACAGCAGCUCCAGGGUGAAGUGGACCAACACAACCCACCAGCCUCCUCAUCUGGUGGGAGAGGAGGCUCUUUAUGUGAAUCCAUCUGACUGUUAUAACAUCCACUGGCCUGUGGUCAGAGGUCAGCUCAAUGUUCAUGCGGGGCCCGGAGGUUCACUGACUGCCGUCCUGGCUGACCUUGAGACAAUCUGGAGUCACGUUAUUCAAAAGCAGCUGGAGAUCCCCCUCAAAGACUUGAAGUAUUACAGAUGCAUCUUGUUGGUCCCAGACAUUUACAACAGACAGCACAUCAAAGAAGUUGUCAACAUGCUGCUGCUUAACAUGGGCUUCUCAGCAAUCAUAGUGCACCAGGAGUCAGUGUGUGCUACAUUUGGCAGCGGGCUGAGCAGCGCUUGUGUUGUGGAUGUAGGAGACCAGAAGACCAGUCUUUGCUGUGUAGAGGACGGAGUGUCCCACCGUAACUCCAGGUUGUGUUUGGCGUACGGUGGCUCAGAUGUGACCCGUACUUUCUUCUGGCUCCUGCAGAGGGCGGGCUUUCCCUACAGAGACUGUCAGCUGUCCAGCAGACUGGACUGUCAGCUCCUGCAGCAUCUAAAAGAGACCUUCUGCCAUCUAAACCAGGACAUAUCGGGACUACAAGAUCAUGAAUUCCAGACACGUUUCCCAGAAGCCCCAGCUCUUCUCUACCAGGUUCGACUAGGUGAUGAGAAGUUACAGGCACCCAUGGGUCUCUUCUACCCGACCACAUUUGGCAUCGUAGGUCAGAAGAUGACAUCACUUCAGCACCGCUCCCAAGGUGAUUCAGAGGAUCCUCAUGAUGAGCACUACCUGCUGGCUACACAGAGCAAACAGGACCAGUCCUCCAAAUCUGCCGCAGACCGGAAGGCUGUUUCCAGACCAGGUGGUGGUUUGGAUGGUGAGAUGAGCAGUCAGGGAGGGAUCGGGGAGCUCUCUGACCUGGCCAGGGGCUGCGGGAGUGGCGGUGGUGGAGUAGGAGGGAUGAAGGGGGAGAUGGAGCUUGGACCUGCCCAGGGGGAGUGUCUGAUGGGGGCAGGAGAGGUGGAGGAGCCCCUGUCUGCGCACCUCUCUAGAAAGACUGCCAUCAUGAGCCAGUUUGAGAGCAAAGCACUGGGCCUGGAUAAAGCCAUCCUGCAUAGCAUCGACUGCUGUGGAUCAGACGAAACCAAACGCAAAAUGUACAGCUCCAUCUUGGUAGUGGGAGGAGGGCUCAUGUUUCAUGGUGUUCAGGAGUUUCUGCUUCACCGCAUCAUCAACAAGAUGCCGCCGUCAUUCAGGAGGCUGGUAGACAACGUGGAAGUAAUUACCCGGCCAAAGGACAUGGACCCUAGGCUGAUAUCGUGGAAGGGUGGAGCAGUGCUGGCGUGUCUAGACACCACUCAGGAGAUGUGGAUCCAUCAGAGGGAGUGGCAGCGCUUUGGUGUCCGAAUGCUUCGUGAGAGAGCUGCCUUUGUCUGGUGAAACCAACAGGGUGUCUGCACAGGAGGUGUAGCAUGAGCAGCAUGUGAGCAGAGCAGCAGCAUCCGUGCUCAGUGCACACACAGGAUGCUCUCUGAACCGAAAGACCUAACAGCUCAAAAUGCUACAGCUCUUGAAAGGUAAAACGUCAUCGUAUCAAGUAAAAAUUUAAAUCUGGACAGCAUCGCAGUACGCAGUGGGAAAGUAUGUCGACUGUAUCAUUUUGACAGUUACAGCACUCCUAACACCUUGUCGAAUAUUUUCACCAGUCCUAAUUUCAAUUGUUGCGUGGGCUGUUUUAUCCAUCAGAAACCCAGAUGAGGUCAUUGUUGUGUAACUUUUGAACAGCUUUUAACAAAAUUUUGUAAAUAAUCUCCCAUGUUAAUGUGUGUAAAUAAACUUGUCAAAGUUGGA